UCGGCCAAGCGGGCGCGGGAGGGCGCGGCAGCCCCGGCGCGCCCCAUAUCUCGGCCUGGCUUCUGCCUCGGGCCAAGUGAGUCGGGCCGGCCGGCCGGCUGGCUGGCGUGGGGCGGUCAUGCGACCCUCCGGAACGGGUCCUCCUCCCGGCCGGGCGCCCGUAUCCUGAAAGCGCCCAGCCUUGCGCGGCUGCCCCCCCCCCCGCCCAUCCUCGCGUCAGGAUGCCGGACCAAGCGUCGGGAAACGUCCAGGCCGCCUCGGCUCGGGUGUCCUCGUUUUUCAUCGCCAACCUGCUGGCGGCCCAAACGAAGCGGCGGCGGCGGGAGGACGAGGAAGAAGAGGAGGAAGAGGAGGAGGAGGCAGCGGAGGGGGAAGCCGGGCCCGGCCCGGCCCGAGAGGAAACCCAGGAGCCCCGCGCCCAGCCCGGACGCCCCUGCUCCCUCGCCUGCUGCCAGACCCCGGGGCCCCGCCUGGAGUUGAGCUCGCCCUUGCGGGAGAGUGCCUUGGAAUGGUACCGGCGGGCCCGCAAAGCGUUUAGGAGCUGCGCCAGUCCGGAAACCAGCGACAGAGACUCUCCGGAGAUCAGCGAAGGAGCCACCCAGCAGAAGGCAGGUCGCCAGCAAAGGAUCACCCCCGAUCCCAACCCGGUCGAAGAGAGCCCAGAGCCAGGCCGGGGGCGUCCCGGAUCCGGUGAGGGAGUCGGCGACAUCAAGCGGCGUCCGGAGGAGCCCGAGGCGGGCGAGGCUAGGGCUGGCGGGCGCAAGAAGAAAACGCGCACCGUCUUCAGCCGAAGUCAGGUCUUCCAACUGGAGUCCACUUUCGACGUCAAGCGCUACCUGAGCAGCUCGGAACGGGCCGGCUUGGCCGCCUCGCUGCGCCUGACCGAGACGCAGGUCAAGAUCUGGUUCCAGAACCGGCGCAACAAAUGGAAGCGCCAGCUGGCCGCCGAUCUGGAAGCCGCGCAGCUGCCUCCCUCCGCCACCCAGCGCAUCGUCCGCGUCCCGGUGUUGUACCACGACAGCUCGCUGGCGGGCAGCGCCUUGGCGGCCUUACCGCUUUCCCCCCACGGGCCUCCCCCGCCGCCCCCUCUGCUCGGCCUUGCAGGCGGCCCGGUGGCUUAUCCGCUGAGCGCCUUCCCGGCGGCGGCGGCCCCGUUCUUGCGGGCCCCUGUGAGCGGCCUGGUUUAAGCCGCCCCUUUCGUUCGAUUCAAUUCGAUCAGAGCAGAAUCGGGAGGGACCUCGGAGGUCUUCUAGUCGAACCCCCUGCUCACGCAGGAGACCCUCUAUCCCAUUUCAGACAGGUGGCUAUCCAGUCUCUUCUUAAAGAGCUCCAAUGGUGGGAAUACCUACAACAGAAGAACAGCAGUUUGAAGAGGCCUUGGGGAGGUCCUCUAGUCCACCCCCUGCUCAAGCGGGAGCCCCUGUACCAUUUCAGACGGGGGGUCCCCAGGUUCUUCUUAAAAACCUUGAGUGAUGGAGCGCCCACUCCGGAGCGGCGUGGGGAAGAACCGCCGGGGGAGG